AUGGCAGAGGUGUCAUGGGAGCUUUUGAAGUACUUCUUGUACCUUCUUCAGGUAGUAGUACUGAGUUCAGAACAACUCAGAGUGAUUGGCUCAGAGGGGCCAGUCCUGGCUCCAUUGGGUGGAACCCUUGAACUCAGUUGUCAAUUGUCUCCACCACAACAUGCACAGCACAUGGAGAUUCGCUGGUUCAGGAACCUUUAUAUGCAGCCAGUGUACCUGUACAGGGAUGGUAAAGACAUGUAUGGAGAAACUAUCUCCAAGUAUGUGGAGCGAACUGAACUCAUAAAAGAUGCCAUUGGAGAAGGGAAAGUGACCCUCAGGAUUUUUAAAGUGGCAGUUGAUGAUGAUGGGCCAUACCGCUGCCUCUUCAAAGACGGUGAAAUCUCUGGAGAGCACAUUACAGAGGUCAAGGUCACAGCCACAAGCUCAGACCUACAGAUUCUUAUGCAUCCCCCUAAUACCAAAGGUGUGAUGUUGGAGUGUCAUGCAGGAGGUUUGUUUCCACUGCCUCAUAUGGAAUGGAGAGACAGCAAAGGGGAGGUCAUUCCAGCAACAUCAAAAUCCCAUUCACGGGAUGGAAACAAAUUGUUCAACAUGACAAUAGCCCUUCUUAUCGAAACCAGUUCCCACAGGAAUGUCACUUGCUAUCUUCAAAAUCGUCUAACUCACCAAGAAGAGAGCAUAUGUGUCAUCCUAUCAGGUGAACUGUUCUCAUGGAAAAUUGUUUGGAUAACGAUUUUGAGUACAAUAUUGUCUGUGCUAAUAGCCUUUCUCAUGAUGUCCUUUGUUCAGCAAAAUGUCAUACAUGGUAUCUGCUCUGAGAGAUUUUCUCAUUGGUUAAAGGGUUCAAUGGUAUUCAUGAUUUCAGUGUUUGCAAUUAUAGGAGUCAUGCUCAUUUUGCAUCUAAAACAAAGAGUCCCUGUUUCAGAUUCACAUUUUGAAUUGGACACUUUGUGGUUGGAAGAUAUUAGUGUGAUCCUGUGUGUGCUGAUAGUGUUCAACAUCAAGCUGACUUCAUUAAUUUACUUCAGAUUGGAAGGUGAAUAUGAUGAACGUGCACCUGGACGCAAACAAUAUUCCCGUAAAUUAAACACAAUAGCAAAGAUAUUGCAGUUGCUGUGCUUCAUAGUCUUCUCUGUAACGAUCCUUCUUGUGUAUCGGCUGUUACGGAAAAAAGGUUGGUGCAAAACCCAAUGGACUACUGCAACAGAUGAUAAGGAAAGCAGACGCAAUAAAAAACAGAUAAACAUUAUUUUGACCUUGGAAAACUUGAAGAAGAAAAAGAAGAAAAAGGGAAGGAAGGAUUGUAGUAGUCAGAGGGAUCCAGAAUACCAGGAGAUCAUGGUCUACAAAUCAAUUAAGCAGGGCUCAUAG